UUUUAUAUUUUUUCUUUCACUCCGUACUCCGUAUUUUGUCCGUCCUACUGACCGACAGCAGUCAGCAGUGCAGGGAUCUUGAUCUGUAGUGUGUAGGCCCAGGUCAAGAACAACAAACCUACGAGAGUAGAACAGCAUUUCAUAAUGAUACGGUCUCAACUUGUACGUCUUGUUAGAACAGUACACAGCAAAGGAAAUUUCACCGCAGACCUUGGAAGUAUCGGAAGACCAUGUGGAAAACUGGCGUCCUGUCCUGUUCAAGUGACGUGCCAGAGAAACUUCCGUGCCACGGCUGUCAGAGGGGAUGAGAGCCAGGACUCGAAUGAUGCACCAGGAAGGCCACUGGCCCGACCUCGCAUCAAGAACAAAAAGAGGGCGGGGGUCAAAGUGAGCCAAGAGCUAGAGCAGGCGGCCGUGAAAGCAGCCAAGUCACUGCCCGGCGACUGGACGAAGACAGCAGAUGAGUUGUUGGCUCGACUUUCGUCACAUCAGGAGCCCAAGGUCAUGUCGCAAGAGGAGCAGGCAGGAGAGGUUCCCCCGGCAAGAGAUGUGAGUGAGCCCUCAUUGCUGGAAACAAUGCAGGUUGGCAGAGGCUUCAAACCACAGAGAGGCCGUGGUGAUGGCGGAGACCAGAGAAGUGGUGGGCUGGGGCUGCAGGAUGACGACAUGUACAACAGAAGUGCCACCCAGUUUUCAGGAAGCCGUACACAAAUGGGUGGGCGACGAGUGGCCAGAGGGCGACUCGGCGACUGUUCUGGGCCAGGGUCUGUCGGAGCGAGUGGAGCAGGAGAAGCUCCACCACAUGCAGGGCGGCCUGCCCAGGAACGCCUUUGAGGAAAUGAUUGAGUGGACCAGGGAGGGGAAGAUGUGGACCUUCCCCGUGGACAACGAAGCAGACAUGUGGGAGGAGCGACAGUACAAGUUCCACCAGCACGUGUUCCUGGAUGGUGACCUUGAGCAGUUCCCGGCCCGCGGGCCAGUGAGAAAGUUUAUGGAGCUGGUGGUGCUCGGCCUGAGCCAGAACCCGUGGAUGUCUGUUCCCGAGAAACGUGGACACAUUGCCUGGUUCGCCGAAUACUUCCGGGAGAAACAGGACCUGCUGGAAUCUUCUCUGGGCCUGGAGGGGAGGAUGAAAGAGAAGGAGGGAGUGAAGGAAGGAGAGUAGGGAGGGGAUAGGUGGGAGGAGGGUGUGAAGGAGAGAGGGGAUACGUGGAGUGGGAGAAGGAGGAAGUGGAGGAGGGGAUGGGUGGGAGAAGGAGAAAGGGAAGGAGGGAGAGUAGGGAGAUGGAUGGAAAGAUGAAAGGGAUUGAGGGAGGUGUUGGGUCGGAGAAGAAAGGAGUGAAGGAGGGAGAGUAAGGAGGGGAUUGGUGGGAAGAUGAAAUAGAGAGACAGGGAAAAGAUAGAGAGAGACAUGGUCAGGGAAAAGACGGAGAGGUAUCUUUGUACGGGAAAUUGUGGAAAUGUUCAUGGAGUGUGUAUCAAAAUGUAGUCAAACAAUAUCUUAUUUUGAGAACUUGUGAUGCCUGUUGUGUGAUAAAUUUGUUCAGUCCUUAUUAUAAAUGAAAGUUGGUUCUGAAGGAAUAAAUUGUGAGAUUGUCUGAAAAA